UUCACUAUGACGAACUAUGACGGUACAAUUUCCUCAGUUCCAAAAGUGGUGAACGAACCAGGCAUGCGGUUUAACGAUCAUAAAUUUAAAGGCAACUAUCCAAUGAUUGGCCUUCCGUACGGUUCUGUAGCCGCCAGUUGGUCUUUCCAUCUUGUUUGGACUAAUCAAAUAGGUCUUUGUGGAGUACAAGUGGAACUCGGUUACAUGGUAUCAGAACAUUGGGUAGACAACGAAUUCAGGAGUUUCCUGUAUCCAAGACCAGAUUUUCAUAUUAACGGCAUGUAUCCAUGGGACUGGACGUUGGUAUGUUAAAAAAAAGAAAACAUCCUGUUUGUAGAGUACGAGAUCAUGGAUGUCGUGAUUUAAUGCAGACCAAGUAAUAUUUGAAUUUUAGUAAUAUUUUACGCCUCUUUCUUUUCAAAACUAGU